CCAGUCAUUGAAAUUAAAUUCAAUAAAUACAAAGGAGCACAACUGAAUGGUGUAAACAUCAAACGAGACAUCGACGGAUUCAGACUGCAGAGGGGUUUGACGUUCAUAGAUAGAGCGCUUGACAAAGCUACCAACGAACUGUUUACAGAAGAAGCUGGUAUGCGAAAAGAUAUCAGAAAGGUGGCGUUAGUUUUAACAGAUGGUAUUCAGACAAAAAACAGAGGACCAUAUACAGAUUUGAUAUUUGCAUCGCAACCUUUAAAGGAUAAAGGCAUCGAUAUAUAUUCGUUGGGAGUUGGAAGUGACAUUGAUGUUCUGGAGUUGAUUCAAACAGCCUCAGUUCCUGAUUUCGUGUUUAGUGCCAAUAGUUUCGACGAUCUAUCCAAGAAGGUAACAGAAAUUACAGAUGCACAAUGCAAGGCUUGUGAUAAAGUUGUCGACGUUGUCUUUGGAAUUCCCGACUCGACCACCAUCCCAAAGCCCACGUUUAACCAAAUUAAAAGGUUUUUUAUAAAGCUCUCUUCAUUAUUCAAGUUGUCGCCGACUAAGGCUCAUUAUGGUGUUAUACGGUAUAGCGAUAGUGCGGAUAUGGCUGUUAGGUUGGAUCAGUAUUACAACUUGAAUCAAAUUCAAAGUUUUAUCAAGAAAAUGACCCAACAAGGCAGUGGUGUUGAUGUGAAUCAAGCAUUACGGUCUGCCGCUGACCAUGUUUUUACCAUAUUUGGUGGCGUUCGACAGACUGUCCCAAAAACAUUCGUUAUCUUUAUACCUCAACCGGAAACUGUUGAUCAAGAUCUCAUCAAAGCCAUGACUGAAAAACUUAAGAGUAUGGGUGUAAGAAUUAUGUUCGUUGGAUUGCAAGAGAAGAUUGAUACACCAUUCUAUGGUCAACUCUCCUCUCAGCCUUCAGCACGAUACCUUUUGACAGGAUUUGAUAUCAAAGAGCUCACUGAAGUAGCAACGUACGAAGCUGUCGACACUAUCUGCAAAGCUCGAUACGGGAAGUGUCCAAUAGGCGAACCACCAGCAGAAUGCCCAGAGGGCGAUCCUGAUAACACGGAAUGCAAGAUUGAUGACGAUUGUUCGAGCGGUGAUAGCAUGUGCUGUUACGACGUAUGCGGCUCGUCACAAUGUAUUAAGAGAAUAAAAAAUUGCUUUGUUACGAUGGAUGUCGCUUUAGCCAUUGAUUCGUCAGCAGCAGUCAAUGACGCGGACUUCAAGAGAGUCCAAGCCUUCACCAAAAAUCUUGUGCAUCACUUUGCUGAUUCCGAAAACAGCAUCCACUUUGGUGUGCUCCAGUAUGGUGCUAGUGCACAGACAAUAGUGGACUUUAACAAAUAUGUUUCCGACCCAAAAAUCAAGCAGGUCAUAGAYGGACUAGUUAAGGGCAGCGAUGACACAAGACGGGUCGAUCUUGCUCUUCAAARGGUCAAAAAGGAUAUAUUCAGCUUGGAGGGAGGAAUGCGCCAAGGUCAUCCUCGUUUCGUUAUAUUCAUCACUGGAGGGGACACUGAUCCUUCAUCUGCUAGCCUCGCCAAAGCCUCUGAAGAACUUAGAGGUCUGGGCGUAAACAUUUUAGCCAUUGGAAUUAACAGUGGGGUAAGCAAAAGCUUCCUCAAUAAUCUGGCUACAGAUCCAAGGUUUGUUUAUUCAUUGGCCGGAGUCGACGAAUUAAGUAAAAUCAGGCCGUCAAUCGAGAACGAAAUUUGCAAAGAAAAACCUGGGAAAUGUCCACCUACAGACAUAACAAUUCCUAACCCCAGUUGCUAUAGUGGUGAAGGUCAGCAAAUCAUCCAUUGUGGYGUUUCAGCAGAUAAACCUGGAGGAAAGAGUAGCGAUUGGGAUUGCCCUGGUGAACAAAAGUGUUGCAUUGGUGCCGACGGCUGUGCAAUCUGUACAGAACCCCCUAACGAAUGCCGAGGACAAUACGAUUUAACCUUAGUGAUGGAGAAUUCUGCUUCGAUUAGUCCUAAGAACUUCCAGAAAAUGAAAGAUUUUGCCAAAGAACUCGUCAGCGCAUUUUUCAUUUCCGAGCUUGGUACUCGAGUUGCUUCGGUUACAUACGGGGACUCUGCUUUGGUGAACUUCAAGCUGAACACAGUUCCAGGUGUCAACAGGAAGAUUGUUUACAGCGAGAUCGACAAACUUCCAUAUAAGGGAGGUUCCGGAAGUGGAGUUGCUAAAGCACUUGAACAAGCUGUCMAAUCUAUUUAUACUCAAGAAGGAGGAACACGUGAUCUUAACAAUAAGUCACUUGUCAUAAUGGGCACGGGUAAGUUCCUCAGUGCGAAAAGGGCAGCUCUAAUGGCCAACAAGUUACGUCAAGAGCAGGUUGAUGUUUUUCUUGUGCCAAUCGGAGGUGAAGGGGAUGUCCCUGGCGUCAGAAAUGUUGUAUCCAAGAAAAUUGAGAAUAACGCUUUUAUGACGACAUCCUUUGAUGCCUUGAGACCACACCUCAGAGCUCUCACUAAAGCUAUUUGCGAUGGAGCUGAAAAAUUGAAACCUUGUAAACUUCCACUUGAUGUGGUAUUUGGAAUACCAACAUCUGGAUCGUUAGGUGGUCAGUUUGGUGAAAUCAAAGACAUCUUCAACGGUCUCCUUAAAUUCUUCGCCGUGAACAACCGACUUGCACACUUUGGCGUCAUCCAGUACAGUAAUGAUGCAGCAAUGACUCUAAAAAUUGACUCCACAUACAACAGAGAUACACUCGCUAAAUAUAUUGGCAAUCUUCGACCUGCUGGCAACAGAUUUAACGUCGAAGCCGCAUUUAAACGCGCAGCCGAUCACGCCUUUACGAUUUUUGGCGGCGUUCGACAAACCGUUCCUAAGACGUUUGUAAUCUUUGUUCCACGGGAAGCUUCCACUCCAAUCCAAAAUGUGCUCGCCGCAGCCCAGAAUCUGAAGCGUAUGGGUGUGAAAGUCAUAGUUCUCGGUCUGAGCGAUGUCCCUCAACUAGAGCAGUACAGACAGCUAGCAGUUUCACAGCCAUCUUCAAAGUUCUUCUUUGGAGAUACAAUGGACGACAUUUCUGGUAGCAUUUACAACAUCAGGGAAACUAUCUGCAAAGGUCGAUAUGGACGAUGCCCGCCAGAACCAAACGAGAAAUGCACGAAUGUCGCCGAAUCCUGCGAACUGGAUAUGGACUGUGGACAGCCAAGUCAAAUGUGCUGUGCUGAACCUGGAUGUCAGCGGUCAUGUACAACAAAGUUAGACAACUGUUUUGUUAACAUGGAAAUAGCAAUAGCCAUUGAUAAUUCACAAGAUGGCGCAGGUGGAGAGUUAAAUCAAGUUAAACAAUUCGUUAACAACCUCAUUAGACCGCUGACAACAUCUGAAAACAGCAUGCGUUUAUCUUUGAUGACGUUUGGAGCACAGUCAGAAACUCUUGCGCGAUUCCGUGAACUUAAUCCAGAAAGUGUUAUUCAGCAAAAAGUCGCUGCCAUCACGCAAUCAGGWGGACCAGGUCGUGAUUUGAAUAAUGCAUUUACAGCAAUGAGAAUGGAUCACUUUAGUUUAGAGGGAGGUAUGCGGCAAGGGCAUCCUAGACUUGCUAUCUUUGUCGUUGGUGCCGAUGCUCCAAAYAACUUUGUCGAUGCUGCCAAUGAACUAAAAAGUAUGGACAGGAUGAGAGUGAUGGCAAUAGGUACCAAGCAGUCCGUCUCAGAUGCUCUUCUUUCCGCCAUUGCUUCGGAACCUAGUUUGGUGUUUAAAGCUAAUUCACCAGCUGAUUUGAAUAGUUUGCAAAGCCAAGUAAAAAAAGCAUAUUGUCAACCAAAACCUGGAAAAUGUCCUCCAGCACCAGACGCUCCUGGUACAGGAUGCCCUGCCACAGUUCCUGCACGAUUCAUCCCUUGCAAGAAUUCAGACUGGCCUUGUCCUGGCGAGCAGAAAUGUUGUCGACAUCCGUCAGGAUGCUUUGACGUUUGUGCUGUAGCACCAAGAGCAUGUGCUGGAGUUCAUGAUCUUGCUCUGCUCUUGGAAACAAAUGAUGAGGUCGGACCAACAGGUUUUAACAAAGUAAAAAACUUUGCCAAACAGCUAAUUGACGGGUUCUCGAUCGCGGACAGUGGAACUAGAGUUGCUGUCAUAUCAUACGGCGACAAGGCCAAUGUUGACCUCAGGUUUAAUACCAUAAUCAAUUCGAACAAAGAAAGGAUAAAGGCCAGGAUAGAUCGAAUACCGUUUCGAGGAGGAGGACCUUCAUUGACGUCACAGGCUCUACAGGAAGCAUUUACGCAGGUUUACAAAUUCGACGCUGGAUCACGGGGUCCUUCCGUUAACAAGUCCUUACUGAUCAUCAGUCAAGGCAAGUAUCAAGAUCCCAAGAGAGCUUCACGUUUUGCAAGUCAGCUUCAACAACAAGGAGUAGACGUGUACCAAAUGGCAAUCGGUGGAAAUGAAGAUAUUCCAGCGAUCCGUGGUGUUGCUUCUAAGAAACAACAUAAAACAGUAUUCAUGACAUCUAGUUAUGAUUCCUUAAGACCACACUUAAGGGCUGUAACCAACAGAAUCUGCGAAGGAGCUGAGAAACCAUACAUUUGCAAGAAACCACUAGACUUGAUAUUUGGGAUUCCUGUGGCGAAAGAAUUAGGAGGAAAUCUUGGUGCAAUUAAAACAUUCCUGACAAGUUUUACUAAAAGAUUUAUAAUAGGGAACAGAGGAACACACAUUGGCAUGAUACUCUACAGUGGAAAAGCCACUCUUGACAAGCGUAUUGACGAAAUGUACAACCCAAGAGAGAUUGAUGAUUACAUCAAUCGUCUGACUCACCGAGGAAAUGGUUUUAACCUCACCAAGGCACUGGCAACAGCAGCAGAUUAUGGUUUCAAUAUCUAUGGUGGGACUCGCCCUAAUGCACCCAAAGCUUACAUUAUCAUCGUACCAGGUGCUAUUCCUCCUUCAGACGAGGCUGCAAUCCGAGCAACCGCCAGAAAACUAAAAAGUCUUGGUGUGCGACUUGUGGUAUUCGGUCUCAGUGGAGGACCAGACAAAAGAUUUUUACGAAGAGUUUCAUCGCAACCUUCUAGAAAGUACCUCACAUAUGGCAAUUUCGAUGAUUUUAUUGCAUCUACAGAAAAAAAGGCCCGAACWAUUUGCCGAGGAAGAUACGGAACUUGCAACGAAAAUCCCCCUCCYCCCCCAGACUGUCCUGAUCCUCCACUCAUCAAAUGUGAAGACGAUAGUGACUGUGCUGAUCCAGAUCAGGCAUGUUGUGAGACGGCUUGUGCUGGCAGUACACAGUGUGCUGUAAAAGUAAAAAACUGCUUUGUUAAUAUGGAGAUCGCAUUAGCUGUCGAUACAUCAGAUGGUGCAACUCUACCCGCCAUUAAGGAGUUUGCUAAAAAGUUCGUAACUGCGAUAGCUGACACUGAAAACGCGAUUCACUUUAGUGUAAUGGGUUAUGCCGAUACUCCAACUACUAUGUCAACGUUAGGUGAAUUCUUAUCAAAGCAACAGACAAAUAAGGCGAUUGAUGCUUUAAGUGUCGGUGCUGGCGAACCAAGAGUUGAUCUGGCUAUGGGUGAGCUAAGGAAAGCUCAUUUCAGUCUAGAGGGCGGAGUGCGCCAAGGACAUCCCCGCUUCGCUUUAUUCAUUACCUCUAAAGGAAAUUCGCCGUCUUCUGGCGAUCUUGCAGCUCCAACACAGGCACUUAGUGAUAUUGAUGUUAACAUAGCAGCUGUUGGUGCAAACGGAGAGGUAGCCUCCUUUGUCGACAGUCUUGCYUCAAACAGUAAAUGGGCUUACAAGGUAAAUUCACCAGCAGAGCUUCAAGGACUUAUACCAGGAAUGAAACGAUCAUUGUGUCCCGAAAAGCCYGGAAAAUGUCCACCUGUAGCAGCUACUUGUCCCUCCCCUGGUGGGGAUGUUCCACAAAAAUUCAUACCAUGCGGCGAAUCGGCCGGUAAAUCAGGCAGAAGUGAUAAAGAAAAUGACUGGGAUUGUCCAGGUGAACAAAGAUGCUGUAAAGACCCAACGGGAUGCCAUCAGAUUUGCCGUGGUCCACCAAACGAGUGUYCCGGCACGCACGACUUGGCUUUCUUAGUCGACUCUUCCAACGACGUCGGAGAAGAGAACUUUGAAUUGUCCAAGAAAUUUGUCAAUGACAUCGUUGAUGCCUUUAAAAUUGGAAGUCGAGAUACCAGAAUAGCUCUUAUAACCUAUGGCGCUAAAGCUAAAGUGGAAAUGACAUUCAACAAGUAUUUGACACCUAACAAAGAAAGGGUCAAGAGUGGCAUAAGUAGGGCCCGCUACAUUGGAAAUGGUCCCGCGUCAACAGCCGCAGCCCUUCAGCAAGCUGUGGACGUUGUUUUUAAUGAAGGUAACGGCGCUAGAGAAGGUGUCAACAAGUCUCUAGUUAUCAUAAGCCCUGGAAAGUUUACAAAUCCCGCUGGAGCAAUCCGAUUGGCUGGUUUACUCAAGCUCAAUCAAGUUGACGUCUUUGCAGUUCCCAUUGGCAAAAACCCUGACAUUGCUACGAUUCGAAAAGUGAUCUCAAAACAUGAAAGUAAAAACGCUUUCAUGACAACAACUUAUCUUGCUCUUCGCCCGCACGUUCGUGGACUCACCAAGACAAUCUGUGAAGGAGCCGAGAAAAUCAAAAUCUGUGAUAGGAAGAUGGAUGUCGUAUUUGGAAUCCCAACGGCCAAAGAACUUGGUGGCGACUUUCAGAARGUGAAAGACUUCUACAAGAAUAUGCUUCAGCUAUUUAAGGUGAACAAUAGAAAAGUUCACGUCGGUCUUAUUCCAUACAGUUCAUCUGCGAGAUUAUCACUGAACCUUGACCAAAUCUACAAUCGUGAUACCCUAAUGGAACGWGURCAGAAUCUAAAACCAUKGGGUAAUGGUUAUAACGUGCGAGAUGCUUUAAGAGUAGCCGCUGACCAUGCCUUUACCAUGUUUGGAGGUACACGACCUUCAGCUCCAAAAACUUUUGUACUUUUCGURCCUGGUACAGUGAGCGGAAAUGGUGAUGAAAUCCAAGCAGCCGCAGCUAAGCUAAAAAGCAUCGGAGUCCGGUUGAUGGUAAUGGCAGUGAAAGAUAAAAAUAGUUAUGAUYUAUUCAGCACUGCGACAUCACAGCCUGCUAAAAAGCACUACAUCUAUGGUGAUUACGACCUUAUUGGUGCUUCAGUUUAUGAUGCCGUGGAGACUAUAUGUAAAGCUAAAUAUGGAAAAUGUCCAGCCUACCAAAAACAAUUCCCAGAAUGCCCUGAUGAUGAAGUAGAUGAGUGUGCCUUGGAUGGAGACUGUGGAGGACCUGAAGAGGUCUGUUGUGAGGGAAGUUGUGGGAAGAAAUUAUGUGCUCCAAGAGUCAGAAAUUGCUUUGUUGCAAUGGAUAUAGGAAUUGCAGUGGACGCAUCUUCUACAAUACCCGAUGCAGAAUUYAAUGCGGCCAAGAAGUUUGUAACGCAAAUUAUCCACGCCAGUGCCGAUUCCGAAAACAACAUUCACUACGGCUUAUUGAAAUAUGGACUAACGCCCCAAUUGCUGGCCAAUUUCCGUCAGUUUGAAUCUGACGCCAARUUUAAAAAGAUGAUAACAGAUAUGAAAAAGACAGGAGAUGCCGACCGACGACUUGACUAUGCCCUUCAAGGAAUUAAAAGUGAUAUAUUCAGUCUAAAUGGGGGGAUGAGACAAGGUCGACCGAGGUAUGCAAUAGUAGUCGUCUCUGGACCUAAUUCGGCUGAAUCUGGAGAUCUAAAAGAGGCUUCCAAGCUACUUCGAGCUCUCGGGGUUAAAAUCAUUGCUGUAGGAUCGAAYGGCAAUGUUGACAAUGCUCUCCUGGAGCAAGUYGCAUCUGAUUCYGSAUUAGUGUUUAAAGCAACCGGCCCUGACGACUAYAACGCCAUUUGGAAUAACAUACAGAAUAUCAUGUGCUCUAAAAAGCCUGGAACGUGUCCUCCUGUUGCYGCAACAUGCUCAGCUCCUGGUAGUGAUGUCCCAGCUCAGUUUAUCCCCUGUGGUGAAUCAGAAGGAAAAUCUGGAAAAACAGACAAAGAGAAUGACUGGGAUUGUCCUGGAACAACCCGCUGCUGCAAGGACCCUUCGGGAUGCCAUUCAAUAUGUCGAGAGCCUCCAAAUGUUUGCAAAGGCCAACAUGACCUCACAAUUCUAAUGGAUAAUUCUGCAAACUCUGGUCGUGAAGGAUUCCAAAAGAUCAAAACGUUUGCUCAGGGCCUCGUUGAUGCGUUCGAUGUCGGUAAUAGUGAUACCAAAGUGGCUGUCAUCUCAUAUGACGAUAACGCAAAAAUCAAUUUUAGAUUUAAUUCACCUKCGACCACCUCGAAGGGCGCCGCUAAAAGCGCCAUUCAAARUGUUCCAUAUCUGGGAGGCUCCAAAGCCGACGUAUCCAAAGCUUUGAAACUUGCCCUWCAAAAGGUUUACAAAUUAGAGAGUGGAAUGAGACCCAAUUCCAAUAAGUCCUUGGUCAUUAUAGGAUCAGGAAAGUUUGCCAACCCAACGAGAGCUGCACGCUUUGCAGGGGAACUAAAAUUGAAUCUUGUUGAUAUUUUUGCGAUGCCAAUUGGAUAUGACCCAGACAUCCCGGCUGUUGAAAAGGUUGCUUCGCCUUUAGUUGAUAACAAUAUCUUUAUGACGACAUCACCGGAAGCUCUUAAGCCUCACCUACGUGCAUUGACGAAGCGAAUAUGUGAGGGAGCCGAAAAGCCAAAAGUUUGCGAUAAACCUAUGGAUAUAGUAUACGGAAUUCCCACAGCGGUAUCUUUAGGCGACGGYCUUAAAGAAGUCAAAAGUUUUUUCAAGAGUAUGACAAGCCAGUUUACGGUCUCCAACAGAAAAACCCACAUUGGCCUUAUCCCMUACAGUGACUCAGCAAGACUUGCACUUAACAUCGAUGCCCAGUACAGUCCUAAUGCAAUACUUAGCGCCAUAGAGAAUAUCAAAAAAGAAGGAAGUGGUUUGAACGUCGCGAGAGCUAUCCAAGUAGCCGCUGACCAUGCAUUUACAGUUUACGGUGGUACCCGUCCCACUGCACCCAAAACCUUUGUACUCUAUGUCCCAGGCCCUGCUGUUGGCAACGCUAAUGCGAUAAGUGCUGCAGCUAAAAAAUUAAAAAGCGUCGGUGUUAAAUUAAUGGUUGUUGGUCUAGAAGGAGUUGAUAAGGACUUGUAUAAACUGGCAUCGUCACAACCACACCAGAAAUAUUUCUUAAAUGGCAAUUACGAUGUUGUUCACUCAGAGAUAUCAGGAGCUGUGGACACCAUUUGCAAAGGAAAGUAUGGUAAAUGUCCAGCUUACAAGCCGCCAAAGGAAAAAGACUGCGGGGACUCGCCCGUUCACGAGUGCGAUGUAGAUGGUGAUUGUGCCGAUCCAGACCAAGCCUGCUGUGAAGGAAACUGUGGAAGGACAUGCACUGGCCGCGUUAAAAAUUGCUUUGUUGCUAUGGACAUUGCCAUCGCACUGGAUGCAACUUCAACCAUUCCUGAUCAAGAUUUCGAAAACCAAAAGAGAAUUGCAACGCAUAUCGUCAACUCCAUUGCCGACGCUGAAAACAGCAUCCACUAUGGCUUGCUCAAGUAUGCUGGUACGUCUCAAGUCUUGGCCAACUUCAACAGAAUGGCUUCCGAUGCAGUAAUUAAACAAGACAUCAAAAAUAUGAGAAAGACUGGAGAGUCAGAACGUAGGAUUGACACAGCACUUGCAACCAUAUCUAGCGGGAUAUUCAGUUUGGAAGGGGGUAUGCGACAAGGACACCCAAGGAAUGUUAUAUUUUUCACGUCGGGAUCAUCCGCAACUGGCUCGGACGAUCUCGUAAAAUCAUCCAAAGGUCUUAGAGACCUCGGCGUUCGAAUUACUGCUAUUGGCGUUGGCAAUGCCGACGAAUCUUUUCUUAAACAACUGGCAGGCGAUGGCGGCACAGCUAUUAAAAUAUCUCAACCAGAUGAAGUCGAUACUGUUUGGUCUCGCGUUCAGGAAAGUUUAUGUCCUCCCAAACCAAACGUAUGCCCUCCAGUUUCUCAAUCUUGUAACUCUCCUGGAGGUGAGGUACCUUUAGAGUAUAUACCAUGCGGUGACUCAGCAGGAAAAGGAGGGCGUAGUCAGAAAGAAAACGACUGGGAUUGUCCUGGAGAGCAGAAAUGCUGUCGCGAUCCAUCAGGAUGCCACUCAAUUUGCCGUCCAUCACCAAACUACUGCGCAAACCKUKCUCAUGACCUGGCUAUUUUACUCGAACGAUCUGACGCUACCACUGAACAUGGAUUUGAAAAAGCAAAAGCGUUUGCUCAAGAUCUUGCAGAUGCCUUUUAUGUUGCCGACAGAGGAACGCACGUCUCGGUGGCAACGUUCGGACCAACUGCUGAAGUUCAGUUUAGGUUUAACUAUUUACAGGGACCACAAAUGAAUAAUGGMAAUGUAAGAAAGUCCAUAGGGAGAAUACAAUACGCAGGUGGUUCAACAGCGGCCGCAAGUGGUGCUCUAAAUCUGGCUGUCAACGAUAUAUUCACCGAUAGAAGUGGAGCAAGAGAAGGAGUAAAUAAGUCCUUAGUUAUCGUUGGAUCAGGACAGUUUCUGGACACUGCCAGGGCUAUAGCGUUAUCRGCUGCGCUCAAGCAAAACCUCGUUGAUGUAUUCUCAGUACCUAUUGGACCGAACUAUGACGUUGCUACACAAAGAAAGUUCGCCUCCCCCAACGCCAACAAGAAUGUAUUUAUCACUUCGUCGUAUGACGCAUUGAGACCUCAUGUGCGGGCGGUUACCAAAGCUAUCUGCGAUGGAGCUAUCAAAAUCAGAAAAUGCGACCGACCUGUAGAUGUAUACUUUGGAAUUCCAAAUGCCAAUUUCCUCGCUCCUCAAUUUGGAAACAUUCGCAGAUCGUUUGUGAACUUACUGCGUCAACUGGUGGUUAGCAAUCGAUUGCUUCAUGUCGGAAUUAUGCAGUAUUCAGACUCUGCCAGUGUACUGAUAAACUUGGAUCGUACUUACAAUCGAGAUGCUUUGGAGGGUGUCAUCAGCAGGGAGAUGGGAUUGUACGGCUCGGGACUGAACUUGGCCGAGUUAUUCAACAAAGCCGCUGAUCAUGGUUUUACCAUAUAUGGUGGUACACGUCAGACUGCUCCUAAAGUUCUCGUCGUUUUCAUUCCCGGCCCAGUCUCUAGCAGUCCUGAAGAGAUCAGAAGAGCUGCGGACAAACUGAAGGGACUGGGAGUGAGACUCGUAAUCCUUGGUUUGAAUAAUGCAAUUGAUAAGGCACUCUACAGUACCAUAGUUACCCAGCCUGCCUCAAAAUACCUGCUUACCGCUGACACAUAUAACGGGUUGAGUCUUGCCUUGAGUGCAGCUCAAAACAGAAUCUGUAACGCUAAAUAUGGUAGGUGCCCCAAAACCCCCGAACCACCCGCUGAGUGUCCAGAUGACGCUGAAGACGAAUGUUCACAGGAUCGAGACUGUAAGACACCAGGGGAUCUUUGCUGCAAAGGAGGAUGCUCAAGAACCUGCCAAAAGGGCGUUGAAAAUUGUUUUGUCCCAAUGGACAUCGCCUUUGCUCUCGAUGUGUCUGAGACGACAACAAGUGACCAGCUGAAGGAAAUGAAGGAGUUUGUCAGAGAGACUAUGAGAUCAUUUGCUUCUGCAGAAAAUGACAUUCACUUCAGUCUUAUGCAAUAUGCAGGAAGCCCACAACAGCUAACUCAAGGCUUUAGACGCUUCCCUUCGGAAGGAGAUUUGCUCAAUGUUCUGAAUAAUGUCAAGGCAACGGGAGAUCCAAGAAGACGAGUAGAUCUGGCCCUAGCCUCUGCAAAGCGUAACAUCUUCAGUCUGGAAGGACGCAUGCGUCAUGGACAUCCUAGAUAUUUAAUCUUCGUUACUUCUGCUGUUACGUCAGCAGACUCAACUGAUCUGCCUCAAGCUAGGAGUCCUCUUGAUUCAAUAAACGUGAAAACUAUUGCUAUCGGCGCCAACAAAGAUGUUCAAACAGAUUUCCUGAAGCAGUUGGCAUCAGAGAAUAGUUUGGUCUUCCAAGCGGAUUCUCCUGAUCAGCUUUCCAAUAUACGGCAACAAAUAACAUCCCGAUUCUGUGAUAAGAAACCAGGAAAAUGUGUUCCACCUUCAGUACCUCCAGAUCCUGCAGUAUGUGCGUCACAACCUAAAGUCCCCCUUCAGUUCAUACCAUGCGGAGAUUCACUUAAAGGAAAGGAAGGACGAUCACAACGAGAGAACGACUGGGAUUGCCCAGGGGAAUCUAAGUGCUGUAAGGACCCUGAUACGGGAUGUCACAAUGUCUGCCGCUACCCACCAAUUGUUUGCAACAAAGUCAAAGAUCUUGAGCUUGUGGUAGAAGCAUCUCAAUUCAUCGGUGAAGGUGCUUUUGCAAGGAUAAAACARUUCCUGCAGUAUUUCGUUGAGGCGUUUGGAGUUAGUCGCGAUGGCACCCAUGUUGGAAUGAUAACGUAUGGUUCACGUAAUCGCGAGGCGUUCAGACUGAAUGCGUACAGAGAUAUUAAGGGUGUAAAGGACGGCAUCAAGAAUGCWCGGUUCAUGGGUGGAUUCCCUUAUCCAUCAGAAGCUUUGGUMACUGCUCUUGACGUGUCGUUCACUAGACGUGGUGGCGCACGACCGGAAAAUGUCAACAAGUCCUUAGUGCUCUUCACUACUGGUAAAUUCGAAAAGCCUGAAAAAGCUGCUGCAGUAGCCUUCCAACUGAAAGAGAAGCUUAUUGAUGUUUACGCUGUUGCCAUUGGUGACAAUCCAGAAAUAGACAACCUUAGAAAUGUAGUCUCCAGGCCUCUUGAAGAUAAUAUCUUUAUGGUGUCAUCACCUGAAGCUCUUCGAGCCCAGGCUCGCGCGUUGGUCAAAAGAGUUUGCGAUGGAGCUGAGAAGAAUUACGUGGUAUGUAAUAAGUUUGUUUAUGUUCAAUUAUUUGAUUAUCAUGUACAAUCAUUUACAGGUAUUCACCGAAAAGUUGACGGAGUGAAUAUUAUACGUUCACCAUUCAUUCCGGCAACURUGUUAGCUAUAUAUGGAUACCGUACAUCCAAAUAUGGCUAUUAAAUGAAGUAUAACUAAAUAUGGGCAUCGCACAUAAUCAUAUAUUUUAUAUGAAUAUUGCAUAUUCAACCAUAUAUGGAUACAGUCUUUGAGUUACUAGURAACGUUGUUCUCACUGUUGGCAAUUAGACCGAAAGGAAUCAUGGAUAAACAAGAAUCACAGUUCACUGUAAACUGAGAACUAAUAUAUUUUUUCGCAUUGCAAAGGUGCGAGGAYGCUUGUUGAAAUAUUUUUAUCCACAAUCCUUUYCGGUUUAGUCGCGAAUGGKUGAGUUAGAGCAACCUGACUACACAACCAAGACUGCAUAUUAUGGUAUAGCAAAUCAUAAACAAGUAGCAUUGUAUUCCAACGAUAUGUUGCAUUUUACUUGCUCAUUGCAGCUACAUUUGCUAACCAUAGUGUUUGUCAUUUAUAAUUAUUAUCUUAUUCUCUUAAUUGGUGGCUAUAAGAACUCAAUCGAUUUAUCCGCCUUGUAACUUUACUUUUA